AUGCCCACGGAGAGGCACCAGGCCCUCUUCCCAGAAGGACGAAGAUCACGUUUGAAAUACCGAUUUCAAGGGCACCGGCUCCGCGCUGCGGACCCCGCAACCGCGCUGGCCAACCCGGGGCAGAGGAGGCAGUCGGGGCUGGGGAACCGGGUGGGCCCGCCGCCGCGCAGGAACCGCAAGUCCCACCUAGGCGCCGGCGAACCCCACGUGUCGCAGGGUGCAGAUUCUGGGAAGUCCAGAGCCUGUGGGAGCGUGGCCACUGUGGGACUUUCUCUGCCACGCGAGACGCCCCCACCCCAGCAGCCCUGCAGGGGGCGGCGCCGCGCGCCGGUUCCCCAGGAGGCGAGCACUACUGCCGCAGAGCCGCCGCCGCCGCCGCGGUGCCGCGAGGUGCAGGCGGCCUCGUGGAACGACUCCCGGACCCCGGUGGCGGGGCGGGACACACCCAGGACAGGCGCGCCCCCGCCCCUCUGGGCCCUCUUCUGGGACCCUAAGGUGCGCGCGACCCGCAGGCGGCGCCCUGCCAUGGCUGCGGGCUGUGCCGCGGCUCCCUCGCCACAGCACGUCGUCUCGCCGCCCAGAGUAUCGGGGAGUGUGGGAGGCCUGCGGAAGGCCAAGGCUGUGCCCCCCUCCCCCAUCUGCAGCUUAAUAGCUUUCGGUUCAGGAAGGCAGCGCGGGGCCUUAAGUCCUUCCCCACCUGGAGGCCCAGAAGCUGGCCCGCUUGUUUUACGCCUGUACCCUCCCUUUUGCCUUGCAAGAUAUAACACGUGGGAACCUGAGGAGAAUAUCUUGGACCCCCGGCUACUGAUCGCCUUCCAGAACAGGGAACGGCAGGAGCAGUUGAUGGGAUAUCGGAAGAGAGGCCCGAAGCCCAAGCCGCUGGUGGUGCAGGUACCUACCUUUGCGCGGCGCUCUAACGUGCUGACUGGGCUCCAGGACUCCUCUGCUGACAACCGAGCCAAGCUGGAGCUGGGCGCGCAGGGCAAGGGCCAGGCGCACCAGUAUGAGCUCAACAGCAAAAGGCACCACCCCUACCAGCCGCACAGCAAGGAGCGUGCGGGCAAGCCGCCGCCGCCGCCGGGCAAGAGCAGCAAGUACUACUACCAGCUCAACAGCAAGCGACACCACCCCUACCAGCCGGACCCCAAGAUGUACGACCUGCAGUACCAGGGUGGCCACAAGGAGGCGCCCAGCCCCACCUGCCCGGACCCCAGCGCGAAGAGCCACCCGCCAGACAAGUGGGCUCAUGGCGCGGGGGCCAAGGGCUACCUGGGAGCGGUAAAGCCCCUGGGCGGAGCAGCUGGGGCUCCGGGCAAGGGCGCUGAGAAGGGUCCCCCCAACGGCAUGCCGCCAGCCCCGAAGGAAGCAGUGACGGGCAACGGGAUUGGGGGCAAAAUGAAGAUUGUCAAAAAUAAGAACAAGAACGGCCGCAUCGUCAUCGUGAUGAGCAAGUACAUGGAGAACGGCAUGCAGGCAGUGAAGAUCAAGUCCGGGGAGGCCGCUGACAGCGAGGCGCGCUCCCCGAGCCACAAGAAGCGCGCCCCAGCCGCCGCAGAGGAGCGCCACCCGCCAGCCGACAGGACUUUUAAAAAGGCCGUGGGGGUGGGCCCAGAGGAGAAGAAGACAGACACGCCCUCCAAGAGGAGGGAGGAGGAGGGGCCGGGAGCCGGGGACCCACAGCCCCUGGACGCUGGCUCCCGAAAGCUCUCCCCGGCCAAGGAGGCGUUUGCGGAACAGCCCCUGCAGCUCACCACCAAGCCCGACCUGCUGGCCUGGGACCCGGCCCGAAGCACGCACCCGCCCUCCCACCAUCACCCCCACCACCAUCACCACCACGCCGUGGGCCUCAACCUGUCUCACGCGCGCAAGCGCUGCCUUUCGGAGACCCACAGCGAGCGCGAGCCCUGCAAGAAGCGGCUGACGGCUCGAAGCAUUAGCACCCCCACCUGCCUGGGGGGCAGCCCGGCCGCCGAGCGCCCGGCAGACGUGCCGCCGGCCACUGGCCAUCCGCAGCCGGAGGUCAUCCUGCUGGACUCGGAUCUGGACGAGCCCAUAGACUUGCGCUGCGUCAAGACGCGUGGCGACGCCAGGGAACCGCCCAGCUCCCGCACCAUCAAGCCCGAGGCGCUGGCGGAGGUCGCGGUGCCGGCCUCUGCGGCCCAGAAGCCUCCCGCGGAGGCCCAGGACGAGCGGGACGAGGAGCCGCUGUCCGAGUUCAAGCCCUUCUUUGGGAAUAUAAUUAUCACCGAUGUCACUGCGAACUGCCUCACCGUCACGUUCAAGGAAUACGUGACAGUGUAGCUGUAGCGGGAGAGCUUGGGAGAGAGAUGUCUUCCCCGCAGAAAGGGUGUGGGGUGGCGGACUCCUCCAUCUCCUGGACCGGACCGUGGGAGAACCAGCCCCCAGGGCCAACACUCUGAAGUCACCACAGGAACUACAGCUCUCUGGGGGGGCACUGGGUACCUGGGGGUCUAGCCCUCCCGCCCUCCUUCCCACCCACCCCCUCCCUGGCAGCCCUCAGACACGGGUCUGGCAAUGGGCGCGGCGGCCGGCGGUGGAAAUUUAUAGUAUUCUAUUUUAACUGUGCUAACUUGUCAAGUGCUGACUUUGCUCCGGUUUGUACGUGGUGUUAUUAUUGAAAUGUAUUGUUUGAACUCAGAAGGCCCAGCCCCCCCCCCUGGGCUGAUAUAUCUAUAUUUAUUUGUAGGUAUUUAUAUAUUGAAAUAUAAAGACCUAGAUUUAUGGAGUUUCCUCUAGAUCAUGUUAUAUUCUAUAUCAGACGAACUAUUUUCUGUUCUCCCACCCUCCACUCAGUAUUCCCUUGAUUUCACGUCGGCUCCCUCUGCCCCCUCCCACGGACUGCAAUGCCAGGAACCUUGGUAUAUAUUUUUUGAUACUGUACACAUGGACGUGUCUUUCUAUGUGCAAAAAAAAAAAAAAGAAAAAAGUUUGUUAAAAGCCUAAACAAGCUCUAGAAACAGCUGCUACUAGGAGAUGUGUAAACCGUAAGCUUCCGAUUUUUGCCUGCUUGAAUGUAAAUAUUAAAUGGAGAUGUUGACGGUG